AUGUCCGGCAAGAAAGUGGUACAGGCAGCUGUCUCUGUCGCGGGCGUGGCCAUCGGUAUCGCUCUCUACAACAAGGUGCCAGGAGCUACAGCCUUGCCUGUGGACACAGUAUCCCCUUCGCUUUUCGAGGAAGUCCCCGGAACCCCAGGAGCCUUCAUCUACCUCUCCAACGUUUCGCCUACCAUCUUUGGUGAACCAGCUACCGACUUUGACUACCAUGUCUCGCCCGAACCCUCGCUUGCCAUCGAAGCAGUCCAGAGAUACGCUUCAGCUGUGGCAUCCACCGACACUGAUGAUAUCCUGACCACGUUUUUGAACGUCACCAUGGCAGGAACCAUGACGGCCGACCAAGCUGCCGACCUGCAUUGGAAAUGUAACGAGCUGAGCGGCACAAUGGCAACAAGUGUUGACGCUUGUGCCGCGUUCAGCACAAUCGGCGAGCGUUCCGCAGACCUCGAGAAACGCUCCAGAUGGAGCUGGGUACGCAGUGCCGCUCACGUGGCCAACAGAGGCGCCGUCCAGAUCCUGUACGGCGCACUCGGCAAUGCUGCUUACGCCAACUUUCCUUCUUCGCCUAGGUCUUGGUGUAACAAUGCUGAUGGUUCCAAUGCCUGCAUCUCUUGGUCGACAGUCGAGUCUUGGAACCACAACUAUGCGCAGCAGAUGGUGUCUGAUGCGAUGAGCGUCGUGGAUUUCAAUCAGUGGAGUGCUCAAGCCAACCGCAUCCUUGGGAGUAGGAAGAGAAGUGCUGCUGAUGUUUGCAUUAGCAACCGUGCGGAUGGGUGUACUUAG